AUGGUGCAUGUAAUGAAAGGUGUCUUGGUAGAAUGUGACCAAGCAAUGAAACAAUUUCUUUUACAUUUGGAUGAAACACUAGCAUUGGGAAAAAAAUUUAUAAUUCAGGAUUUAGAUGAUACUCAUUUGUUUAUUUCAUCCGAUAUAUUAUAUAUACUACAAACAAAAGUUGAUGAUUUAAUUGAUCAAAUUAGUGCUCCGGUAACUGAAAAAUAA